CUCUCUUUCUCUUUCUUUUUCUUAUUUCCAAAUUUGUAAUCCACGAUAAUAUAUAUGGAUCCACGCAUCGCCGCAACCUCUGUCUUCCGGUGGUCUAAGAGUCGCCGGAAGAUUCAUAUCCGCCGUCGUAAGUCGCAGGUGGUGCGUCUUGGUGGGAAGAACAAUGCCUUGUCACGUGGGGGAUUCUCGUUGAAGAAGAUGGUGAGGAGGAUGAAGCUAAGGUGGUUGAAGCUGCACUACGUGAGACUUUUGAAGAAGAUAAAAGGUUUCUAUCGUAAUUUGGUUAAAGAGUUCGUAGACGCAGGAGCUGAGCUUGAAGCCAUUCAGCAGAGAAUGGCGGUUGAAGCGGCUGCGUUUGCGGUUCCUGGUUUAGGUCUCUCUUUCUCUUCAUUGUCAGUCCAUGACCGAGCACGGUAUUUUAUUGUAUAGUGUUAUCAUAUAUUAAUUAUCAUUUUUAUUCAUUGUAAUUUUUUGUUUUGUUUUUGCUGUUGUAUCUUAUAUAACUAUUUAUUACUUUGAUUUCGUAUUUCUUGAAAUAUCACCACAAGAACGAAAGUUACGAAACUAUCAGUAUAUGGUUCAAUAUUUUAUUA